ACACGACUAUUCGUUUCUGUGUGUGUGUUUUGGAAAUCACUGCCAACUUGUGGGACAUCUGUUUUCUCAAUAGUCAAGAAGGCGGAUUCAUGACGCAAUUGUCCCAAACGUCUCCUCCUAUUUAAUAUCGGAGCACUUCGUCCUCGUCUAAAAAACAACUCAUAUUUUCAAAGAAAAUGCUCAGGUUUAUCUAUUUCAACUGAUGGGAUGGGUGUUGUUGGAUCGGCUGUUCAGAUUAGCUUUCGCUUAGACCGACACCUGUCAGCGGGAUAGGCGAAGUGUGUUUUCCGCGGGCUCUCCUUACGCGUGGGUGUCAGGAGCCGAUACAGAGCUGCCAAGACUUAAAAGCUUGUUUGCGCCACCUAUUUCUGUUUGUUCCCGUGUAAACAAUGGAGACCUGUGAGGUGACUUUGGCAAUCAGGGGAGAGACAUCCCCAGGUGAGGUAUUUGCUGUUGUUGGUAGCUGUGAAGCCUUGGGAAGCUGGAGCCACCAAAAAGCUGUGACUCUUCAUCCUGUUGGUGGUGAUGAAUGUAUGUGGGCUACAACAGUCACUGUGCCUAAAGGUGUUGUUACCCAGUACCGCUAUUUCAAAGGCUUCUUUCUAGAGUCCAAGAGUGCAGGUGGUCCCUGUCAAGUGAUAGUCAAUAUGUGGGAGACCCAUCAUCGCCCCCGCACGAUGAGCCCCACAGCAACACACCAGAAUAUUGAUGAUGGACAGUUUGGAUUUCACAAUGGGAUAAACUGUGUUGACUCUGGGUGGCUGACAUGUCAGACAGAAAUUCGCUUACGUCUGCACUAUUCUAAGAAGGCUCCGGUGUCCAUCACUAAGAAGAAAUUCAAGAAGUCUCGCUUCAGGAUCAAGUUGACAUUAGAGGGCGUUGAGGAAGAGGGAGACGAUGAGGAAGAAAACGAGCUCAGUCCUUCAUCUUGGCACAAGAUGACCACCACGCUGGAAAUCAGUAUGAUUAGUGCCAAUGGCUAUAAGUCACGCCACUCGCAGCCUGAGUGUGGCUAUGCUCUGGAGCCUUCCCAGUGGACUGAGUACAGUAUUCACACCAUGGACCCAGAUAACCUUGAGCUCACAUUUGAGUUCUUUGAGGAGGAUCUGAGUGAGCAUGUAGUCCAGGGGGACAUCCAUCCAGGACAUGUGGGCACUGCCUGCCUCCUCUCUUCUUCAUUUUUGGAGAGUGGCAAUGAUAUUGGAGUAGCUACUCUUCCCAUAAUGGGACGAAAUUCAAGGCAGACAAUUGGAAAAGUAAGAGUGGAUUACCUGGUAAUCCGACCCAUUCAGGGACUGCAGUGUGACAUGAGCUCUUCAUACACCAAGUACUGGAAAAAGAGAGGUACUUUGGAUGUGGGUCACAGGGGAGCAGGCAGCACCCAUGCAGCCAAGCACCACAGAAUCAGAGAAAACACAAUAGCCUCAUUUAAAAGUGCUGCUAAGCAUGGCGUAGCCUUUGUAGAGUUCGAUGUUCACCUCUCCAAGGAUGCUGUUCCUAUUGUAUACCAUGACCUGACUUGCUGCAUAUCCACUAAGAAGAAAAAUGACAAGAACCUGGAACUCAUUGAGGUGCCAGUCAAAGACCUGACAUAUGACCAGCUGCAGCUUUUGAAGCUGGCUCAUGUCACUGCAAUGAAAGUAAACGAUCACAAAGAUCUGCUGGAUGAAGAAGAUGAAAUUGAUGAGCAUCAGCCAUUCCCCUCGCUCUCACAGAUCUUCCAAGCUGUUCCUGAAAACGUCGGCUUCAAUAUUGAGCUCAAGUGGAUCUGCCAGAUGAAGGACGGGUCAUGGGACGGAAACUUAUCAUCUUACUUCAACAUGAACACCUUUUUGGACAUCGUCCUGACAGAUGUUCUGCAGAAAGGUGGAAAAAGACGCAUCGUGUUCUCCUGUUUUGACCCGGACAUCUGCACCAUGGUGCGUCAUAAGCAGAACAAGUACCCCAUCCUCUUCCUCACUCAGGGAAUUUCAGACAAGUAUCCUGAGCUGAUGGACAUCCGGUGCCAGUCCACUAAAAUUGCCAUGAGCUUCGCCCAGAGUGAAAAUAUUCUGGGAAUCAGCGCCCACACAGAAGAGCUGUUAAAGUACCUUUCCUACAUUGGGGAUGCCCAGUCUAAAGGCUUAGUAGUGUUCAGCUGGGGGGAUGACAACAAUGAUCACGAAACCAGAAGGAAGCUGAGAGAGCAGGGAAUCGAUGGGCUCAUCUAUGACAGUAUUGGGGAGGACUCAAUAGAACAGCCAAACAUCUUCCAGAUAGAGGAACAACACUCCCUGCAGGAGGUUAUUACAGAGGAGACCCUAAAGAGCUCAUCUUGUUCCUGCUACUCCAUUCCCUGCUCCAUGGCACCAUGCAUUGCCUCAAAGGACCGUGGUGGAAACGCAGAGUCAGACUCCGGUCUCAGCUCCUCAUAAAUAUCCCUAAAGCUCUACCUUUCUCUGUACUGUUGCUACACAGACAAACUCAAGAAGACCAUGGUAGAAAUGGGUGACUCUAGAAGGUUUAUAUCACUAAAACCACUCGGACCAUCUUCACUCCACUCCAGUCAUUAGCAGGUUUUUGCAAACUGUCGUUUAGCUUCAGUGAAGUUUUAUUAUUUACUUUCUGUCGAACACAUGUAUGUUUAGCCAAAAGGUGAAAGCAGCCGCAAACGCUUUUCGUUUUUCUCUGACAGACACCGGCCUGUUUGUAUAAGAGCAGUCUGCACAGAGGUUUUCAUCAUGCUGGAAACGAGGUUAAGCCGACAAAUUGUUCAUGAGUGGAUAUUUAUGAAGCCAAUGUUACAUCUGUUCUAUCGGUCUACGUGCUCAAAAAGAAAACAUUUCGAUAUUACAGGUGUAACACGAAUGCAAAAUGCAUGUGAUGUGGUGCAGGAGUAUGUUCUUAUGUGCGUGUAGCCAUGAUUUAUUGAUCCUAAAUAUCAAGUAAUAAUUUAGAUUUUUUUUUUUUUUCCACAAAUUAGUCAGUUGCUGGGUUGGUUUUGCAUACUACCUGUUCACUGCGCACAAAAAUGUUCCAAUUUGAUGAUGUUAAGAGGUUUCCAAACCUCCACUCUGAUCCUCUUUAUGAUGCCUUCAAACUCCUGUUUAUUGAUAAUAAGUAGCCAUUAUUUUAACUUACAUACAGCACACUGGAUGUACUGUUUUUUUGAUUACGCUUUUUCUCCUUUGUACUUGAUUUGAGGUUAAAUAGGAAACUGUAUUUAUUUGCAGUGCACAUUUAUACCACAGCCUUAAAGGGGGAAAAUGCUUAUGUUUGCCUUUUUAUUUGAACAUUACCAAUACCUCACUCACCAUCUAUUAGAAUAGACUUAAUGUAUAUUAUUGGAAUUCACAACACCAAUGAUGGUUUUUGGGUGGCAGACUCAUUUCUGGUGGACAUUACCCUUUUUAGAACUGUGUAAAUCUGUGUUAUCGCACAAUUUUUAACCACAAAGACUGAUGAUUGCUGCAUGUAUCGUCUGUGUAUCUGUACAACUGAACAACUGAAAGACUGAAAAGUGUCUAAGAUGUAAUAUAACUACCAGUUCAGUAUAAAUAAAAAAAACAA